UUACGAAGAAAAAAAAUAUUUGUGUCGUCUCGCGCCAAGAUUCGUAUAUCAAAUUCACGACACCGCGGAAGAACGCGUGAAAUUAGAGUCGAUUUAAAAGAUUUAUCGCGCGUAAGGAGACGCUCAGGAGACGCCCGAGUUCAAGUUUGACGAACGGGAUCCGAUCUGUCGAAUCUCGCGCCAACAAAUUCUCACACAAGCUCUCCGGGGCACCCCGGAGUUCUUUCCCUCCCGUCGAGGUUGGAGCCGCGUUGAGGUUAGGAUACACCCGGACGUUCGAUCGUCGCGCGCGAGCUAACGCGUCCCCGUAGGAAAAUAUGCGUUAGUCAUCCGCUAUUGUUCAACAUCGCCGUCGCCCGUCGAUUCUCAGCGGCGACGACGACGCGGGCAGAUGAGACCGAGAUUAGAGAUGCAUGAGCGCGAUCCGGAAAAAACCGCCGAGUGCAGCCGUGAUAGGACAGUGACGACGGGAUCGCGACGUCGGGCGGGUACGGCGUGGUGGGACGCGGAUGAUACGCCCCACGGACCGGCGACGAUGAUACGGCGUAUCUGCAGUCGCGUUUAAACCUCAGCAGCCAGCGGAAUGAAUCAUGCGCGGGCGUGAAGAUGAGCGGUGCAAAACACAAGAUAUGCAUGGUCUCGGAUUUCUUCUACCCGAACAUGGGCGGCGUCGAGGAGCACAUCUUCAACCUGUCCCAAUGCCUGCUGGAGCACGGCCACAAGGUGGUGAUACUCACCCACUCCUACGGGGAUAGAGUGGGAAUAAGAUACAUGACGAACGGUCUGAAAGUAUAUUACAUCCCUGUCAAGGUCUUCUACAAUCAGUGCGUUCUUCCAACGAUGAUAUGCUCUCUUCCACUCAUCAGGUACAUCUUCUUAAGAGAGGAGAUACAGAUAAUACACGGCCAUUCGGCAUUCUCCGCUUUAGCCCACGAGGGGAUGCUGAUCGGCAGAUUAAUGGGACUGAAAACAGUUUUCACAGAUCAUUCCCUCUUCGGUUUCGCGGACGCGUCCGCUAUUCUGACGAACAAGUUUCUCGAGAUAUCGCUGGUCGACUGCGAUCAUUGCAUAUGCGUGUCUCACAUCGGAAAGGAGAACACGGUGUUGCGUGCGAAGGUGCAGAGGGAGAAAGUGUCGGUUAUCCCGAACGCGGUCGACACCGCGUUAUUUACACCCGAUAUUGGUAAACGGAACAACGACUUCAUUACCAUAGUAAUAAUAUCGCGAUUGGUGUACAGGAAGGGCGUUGACCUUCUAGCCCAUGUAAUACCCGAGAUCUGUUUGCGUCAUAAGAAUGUGCAAUUCCUGAUCGGCGGGGACGGCCCGAAGAGAUGGCUAAUAGAGGAAGUGCGGGAGAGAAAUCUGUUGCAGCACAGAGUCACCCUGCUAGGCAGUCUGGAGCACUCUCAAGUCAGGCACGUUCUGAACAAGGGUCAUAUCUUCCUGAACACGAGCCUGACGGAGGCUUACUGUAUGGCUAUCGUAGAGGCAGCUUCUUGCGGUUUGCAAGUAGUGUCGACGAAAGUCGGAGGUAUCCCGGAAGUUUUACCGCCGGAUCUGAUUUACCUCGUGGAACCCACUGUACCUGCAUUAAUCGAAGGGCUGGAGACGGCUAUAACGGACUACAAGAGAGGCAAUGUCGGCUGUCCCUUCGAGACGCAUAGGAGGAUAGGCUUGUAUUAUAAUUGGUUCAAUAUUACCAGGCGUACGGAGAUAGUGUAUAAUUUAGUAAAGCGUGAAGCGAAGAGAAAUCUGGGACAACGAUUAGCUAGUCAAAUACAAAGCGGUGUACUGGCCUAUUUGCUCGUGGUGUCGUUGUGCUAUAUAAUACUACAAAUUUUGGAAUUUCUCGUCCCAAGAAAGUAUAUCGACGUUGCUCGAGAUUACAGCGAUAUUCAUGUUGUACCUUCCAACGGGAAAGGAAAAGAAGAUUAACUAUCGUCACAAAAGCCUGAAAUGUAUAAACUUCUCAAUGUGUUCAAGUAUUUUAUUCUCUCUAUACCUUGGAAACAUUCCGGAAAAUUCGUUUUUUUUUUUGCAAAAAAUCAUUGUUAUACAAUAUUAUGUAUGUCCUUGCGAAAGAAGAACAAUCGUCGUUGCACUUACCGAUAAAUUUUUAAAGAAAUAUAAUUAUAUUCAUAUAUGUAUAUAUAGAUGUUGUACACAGAGAGGUAACAAUGCGCAAAAGAGUACAAAUGUCACGAUACUUGUAUGUAGAAUUAUAACUGAAAGAAAGAGAGAGAGAAAAAGAAAGACAGACUGUUUAUAACAAUUUUAUUUAUUAUAUAUCAUCCUGCUUUCCGUAGUUUAAUUUGUAUCGCUUUAAAAUAAAAACGACGGCAUUGUGUGGCGUUUUAAACAUCCAAAAAUACUGAAUCAUCCAUCCAAUGUUGAAACAUCGGAUUUAAUUGUACGAAAGUAAUAUUAAUUUGUCCAUUAAAUGAUUUUUAUUAUGAUAUAUGACAAUCGUAUGAAUCAAUGCAUAACAUGUAUAACAAUUCGUAACGAUAUCCAACCGCAACGCUGCUGACCCCGCAUACAUUUAAUACAUUACGCUUAAGAAAGAUUUAUUGCGUCCAUUAGCAUUACAAAAUAUUACGCCGCAGUGUAUUACGAAUCGUUUGUGCUUACUUUUAAAACAAUCCCGCGCUAAUUUUUUUUAAGCAGUUAUUUGUAGCAAUAUGUGGAGUAGAAAGGUUAAUUCGUAUUCAUGCCCGCCGUAGGGCAUUAUCAUAUUAGUAUCUUUCUUUUUUUCCAAGGACUUCUCUUUUCUUUUAUAAGAACCAAUAAAAUGACUUUAUCUGGAACUUGCGAUUCCAUCA